AUGGUGGCCUACACAACAGCACCAGGUGACAUGGAGAUGGGUCUUGAGGAGAGGAUGGUGGUUUUGGUGGAAAAGAAGUCCUCCACAGGGCAGAUAUGGAAGGUGUCCUUGGCCCUUCUCGUUGUGGCCCUUUGCCUGGGGGGCGUCCUGCUGCUUGCUUGGUACUGGAGUGGAAGGCCAGAAUUAAUGACGCAAUCAGGCCACACGGAAGCGCUAAUCAAGAAGGACACUGCUGAGAAAACAGAUCCCCACUCCACACUGAGGAAAAUCAGCAGCAAAGCCAAGGCAGCCAUCCAUUUAGAAGGUAGCUGCGAAGAAGACGGUGAGAGUUUGCAAGGCCAGCUCGAGUGGAGAAGCGGUCAAGGCCAGGCGUUCGCUCAGGGCGGCUUCCGGCUGGUGGACAACCAGAUUGUUAUCCCACAAACUGGCCUCUACUUCGUCUACAGCCAGGCGUCGUUCAGAGUCUCCUGCAGCGAUGGCGGCGAGGAGGGAGCGGGAAAACGCCACAGACCUCUCAGCCACAGGAUCUGGCGCUACUCAGACUCCCUAGGCAGGAAAGCCUCUCUGAUGAACGCGGUGAGGUCGGCGUGUCAAAACACUGCCCAGGAGGAUGGCUUCAGAGACGGACAGGGCUGGUACAACGCCAUUUAUCUGGGCGCAGUCUUUCAGCUGAACAAAGGAGACAAACUGUGGACAGAAACCAACCAGCUUUCAGAGCUGGAGACCGAGGAUGGCAACACUUUCUUCGGCAUUUUUGCACUUUGAAAUGACUCUUUGCUGUGGUAGUAACAAACAUGAUACAAAGCUCUGCACAGUGCCAUAUGGUUUGACUUCGUUUUUUAACAUUAAGUAUGUUUGUUUUUUUUACAUUAUUUAAUAUUAUUAUUCAUCUCAUGGUGAUGUAGAAAUAUUUAAAUCUCAAUGGAGAUGAAGCUUGUAGCCAAACAGGCGGUGCAGAUUUCUUUAAGUCCUAUAAACUGUAACAGUUUGCAACAUUUGUUUUUAUAUUUUAGGCACUUUUUGUACAUUAUUUAUGCUGACCUGAGAUUGUAGUAGGCCGGACUUUCUUUGCUGUAUCAGGUACAGACACAGCUCUUUACUGGAGCGUUUAGGUUCAAGGACUAUGUACAAAAACAUUAUCA